CAGUUGUGACAGAGCAUUCUGAGCAUUCUGGUGUCAUUCUGGUGUCAUUGAGGUUUGUCGGGGCUCAGUAGAAACAACAGUGACAGUAUGCUGUACCACUUGUUUUAAUACUUUGAAAUUCUUGGUUGGAGGAUACAUAAACAGGAGUGAAUUAAGAGGAUAUCUGGAAUACUGUCACCAGGAAUUAUAGGAAAUCAUGGCAUUUUUUGUUAAAGUUCCCGGAAACUGUAGCGGGGCUCCACAACCAGCCUUUAAUGGCAACACUGUCCUCUUUAGAUCUGUUUCCAAGCCACUUAAUCUAACACUCAGAGUCACUCUGACUGUCGAGUUCCACACUGAGUACAUUUCUUACAGUUAUUAGGAGGAUUUGUAAGGGAUAUGAAGUCAUUCUUAUGGUUUCCAAGAAUGCAGCAGAUUUAAUUAUGUCACACAGCAGACGCUCCCCCCCACUCCAAAUCUUUUGUUAAUCAAUAAACAGUUACAGAGCAGUGUCAGUUAAAGCCAACUAAGGGAUAGUUAUGAGAGGCAGAAAAUCUGCACAGGCAGCACUUUUCUUCCCGGGACUGUCCUUGAGGGAGAGGCUUUUACUAGGUAGAAAUUAAAACGACUGUGCUUUUAGCUGCUCCACGGUCAAUGGGUCAUAUUGUUGUUAAAUGAUUGAACCCCUUAAAUGGUGACAUUACUGUGACUCUUCAGCCGUUAUUUUUUUACAGUAACCCUACCAAGACCACAAAAGGCGAGCAAAAACCAGAAGCACAGUGACUUUGCUAAAAGCCGGUUACAACACUAGCACAAGCAUGUAUGAAGCUCCACAAGCAUAUACCAUUGUGUUGUUGAUCCGGGAUGAAGAGGAUGAUGUGUUCACUUUGAUCGUUGAUGGGAUGAAGAUGUUCCCCUCCAGUGAGGAAGUUCAGCUUCAUGGCUGCAGAGCCCUGCAACUUCUACUGGACAGAGUGUCUGAUGAUGACCUGGUAGAGUUUCUUGAGAACCAAGACCACACUGUAGUUCUGGCUGCACUGCACCAGUUCAGUGACAAUGAAGACCUGGUUUUGCAGGCUCUGAAAGUUCUGAUUCCUCUAGCAGGUCCUGCCAGUAAUGUGGAGAUCCUUAUGUCGGGAGGAGUGAAGUGUUAUAGUGUGGUGGCCGGAGCCAUGGAGUCAUUCCCCAAGAUGGAGACACUGCAGGAGGUCGGCUGCUGUCUAUUCAGGAAGUUUACAUCAGAAAGAUACUGCAGCAUUCUGGUCCUGAACGGGGUGCACAGGGCCAUUGUACGAGCCUGUCUGGCCUACCCUGAGAACGCCACUCUGCAAGCGGCCGCUCUGCACUGCCUGUCUGACCUCACUGAAACUAUAGUGCAGAGCAGAGCUGUGGCAAGGGAGAGGAUGGAGGAAGGAGAAGCGGAGGAGAACCGAGGCCGGGAGGAGGUGGAAGAUGUGGGGUUGUGUUGGUUAGAGGCCUGCUGUACUGCUUUGGAGAUCCAUGCUGCUGAUUCAGCAGUGCAGGAGGCUGGAUGUUGGGCCAUCCACAGCCUACUAUUGCAUGGCGGCGAGUCAUGGGACCAUUCCACAGAAGAGCAAGAUGGAAGGACUCCGGUGCACCGGCAGAUCAUGGUUGCCAUGCUGCUUCACUCCUCCUGCCCCGGUGUGUUCCAGGCUGCUGCCACUGCCCUGGGCACGCUCAUCACCUACAACAAUAAAAUGCGAUCUCUGCUGUUGUCCAGCGGCCUUCAUGUGAAUGUGGUGGAGAUGAUGAAGAGACAUCUGUCCUCUCCAGAGGUCUCCUCGGGGGGCUGUAGGCUGCUCCACCUUCUCUUCAAGGGAAGGGUGGCCAGUCUGGAUGAGCUGAACUUGGCAAUGAGCCAGACCCUCAAGGUGAUGAAGGAGCAUAGCUUCAUACCUGAAGUCCAACUGGAGGCCCUGAGAGCCAGCCUGGUCCUCCUUUGCCCCGAUAGGAGCUUGCGUGUGUGUGAACACGGUGUGUCCGUGUCGGAUCCGGACACAGUGGACGUGUCUCUGAAGGUGCUGAAGAAUCAGUGUGUGUUGGAGGGGGCUCAUACGGUCUACCUAGAGGCACUGAACAGGUUCAUCAGCAGCUCUGCCAUCCAGGAGUGUGGCUUGCGGGUUCUGUCUGCCUUGGCGGACUGCUCCGGUGCUGUGGACCUGCUCUGCCAACAGGGGGCGGUGGACACAAUCCUGCAUACACUACAAAUGUUCCCCAGGGAACGAGAAAUACACUACUGGAGUCUCAACCUCCUCUGCUCCCUGAUAUCUAAGAAGAAACUCUCCAGAAUGAUAAUCCCAGUCCUCUCAUCGGUUCUCGUCACCUCCCUCCUUCAGUUCAGGGAGGACACCGAAGUGCUGUUGAAGGGGUUCCAGGUGGCCUGUCGGAUGCUGGAUGUCUGCUCUGGGGCUGCAGGCGAGCUGCAGAGGGAAGGCUUUGACAGGGAGGUCUUCCACCAGCUCCGAGACGAUUCGCCUGACCGACGCCGCAACCCGGUGCAUAUGGCCGCGUGUCUGGCGCUGUCUAAGAUGUGCAGCGACGCCGAGCUGAGGUAUGUCAUGUUGGAGAAGGCCUGUCAGGCCAGGGAUGUGACCAUGGCUGACUGCCUCAUCCAGCUAGGAGCCGACAUCAACCGGAAGACAAGGACAGAGUCCCUCAUUUAUCAGGUUUGUGAGCAGGGUGGGCCCCUGGAGCUUGUGGAGCUGCUCCUCAGGUGUGGGGUCCACGAGCAGCAUCUGCGCGGGGCCCUGGGGGCCAGCUUGCGUCGUGGCGACGGCCCAGUGGUAAUCCAGCUACUGGGGCGCCUGGGGCUGGACCUGAACAACAACGCCCUCUGCCUGGGGGGGUUCAGGCUGGGUCGUGUGGACGCUGCGUGGCUUAGCACCCUACUCGCUGAGAUCACCAGCACCAACAAUCUGCCCCCCUGCACAAGUAAAGGUAUGUGUUUAGCCUGCUAUGUGCGUUCCCUGCAGAAGAGCAAGACGACCCCUGACCCCCUGUCCCCCAGGUCCUCAGCUGACCCCUGCCUGACGUCAGGGUACCUGUCAGACGAGAGUGAUGACUCCAGCUUCCCGUGUCUGGGAGAUGGUCUGGUGUUCACCUUUGACCUGGAGAGUGACGGAAGUGACUCCCAUUCGAUGGUGCUGACCCACAGAUCCCCCAGUGAUGCAUCAGAAGAUUGGAAGGCCGGGUCUCCAAAGAGGAAUAGCGAGCGCCGCAGGCACUGUAGCUCGGAGGGAGUCAGAGGUGAGAUGGAGCCUCUUCAAAGGCGGUACGGAAAGGCAGCAUCCAACCAGAAAGGUAUUUACUCGCCAGUGCUGGGCUCAAGGGAUAACUCCUCCCCUUUGGGUGGGGACAGAGAGCGGAUCCGCCUGCUGGACCUAUCAGGCAAUGAGCUGGACUGUCUGUCAUGUUUGAUGGGUCCCGGUUCUGUCCAACAGCAGCUGCAGUGCCUGUAUCGACUGGACUUGAGCCAGAACAACCUUUCUGAGUUCCCCUCUGUGCUCUGUAAGAGCCUGAGGAGUCUCACUCGUCUAGAUCUCCAAGGCAACCAGCUGCAGUCGUUGCCGGCAGAGCUUCUGGCCCUGCCCUCUCUGAGCAUGCUCAAUGUGUCACGCAACUGGGUUGGCCCGCACCUGACCCUUGACGCCGCUGUCACCUGCCCUUCGCUGAAGCAACUAAACCUGUCCUUCAACCACAUCAGCACCUUUCCCCAGCAGUUGGGCAGGGUCAUGGAGCGGCUGGAGGAACUGUGUCUGGAUGGGAACAGAAUGAGCGAGCUGUGCUCUCCUCUGAUUCUGCCGGAGAUGAAGCUCCUAGACGUUAGUAAGAACAGUCUGGAGAGCAUCUCCAGUGACUUCCUUUCUGGCUGCCCCAAGCUAGAGACCUUCAGUGCCUGUACCAACCAGCUCAGUUCCCUAUCUGAUCUACCUUCCAAAAUAACAACAUUGAAGCUAUCACACAACCAAUUCACUUCCAUUCCUGAGGCCAUUCUUGGUCUUCCAAAUUUAAGGUCAGUAGACAUGCGGGCCAAUGACAUAUCAGUUCUACCGAGGCCAUCCGCUUGGGCGUCAGUCAGCCUUCGUGAGCUGAUAUUUGGUCAGAAUCACAUCAAAACCCUGGAUCUGAGUGGACCUGUCUACAAAUGGGCCCGGCUAGAGAAACUGCACCUGAGUGAAAAUAAGCUAAUAGAGAUCCCCCCUCAGAUUGGACUGCUGGAGGAACUGACCUCUCUGGACGUGAGUCGUAAUGGUGGCCUGGUUUCCUUCCCUGACGAAAUGGGCAAACUGGGCCGCCUCUGGGACCUGCCUCUGGAUGGACUGCAGCUCAGCCUGGACCUCAAACACAUCGGCAGCAAGACCAAGGACAUUGUCAGGUUUCUCCAGCAGCGUUUGAAGAAAGCUGUACCGUAUUUCCGAAUGAAGCUGAUUGUGGUAGGUAAUGCCGGCAGUGGGAAGACUGCUCUGAUCCGACAGCUGAUGAAGCUGAAGCGUUCCCAGUGGCAGUCUGAGCUUCCCACUGCGGGGAUUGACGUCAGGGACUGGACCAUCCGUGAUCGGGACAAGAAGAACAUGGUACUAAACGUGUGGGACUUCUCUGGUGGAGAGGAGUUCAGUGGGUCUCACCCCCACUUCCUGACGCCCCGUGCCCUCUACCUGGUGGUGUAUGACCUCAGUAAAGGUGCCGUCCAGAUGGAUGCCCUUAAACCCUGGCUGUUCAACAUCAAGGCGGUGGCCCCCUUGUCUCCAGUCAUUCUGGUAGGGACACAUACAGACAAAAGCGAUGACAUCCAGCUUCAGGCAUGCCUAGAUAAGACCCGGCAGGAGCUCCUUAACCACCAGGGUUUUCCUGCCAUCCGAGACUACCACAUGGUGACUGUAAGUGAGGACUCGGACACCAUCAGCAGACUGCGCAAGGCCAUCGCCAGGGAGGUCACCAGCUUCAAGAUCCAGGGGCAGCCAGUGAUGGGGCAGCUGGUCCCGGAAAGCUACGUGGAGCUGGAGAAGAGGGUCCUGCUGGAGAGGGCCAGGGUGCCGCGGGAGUUCCCCGUUCUCAGGCACCACACCCUGCUGCAGCUCAUCCAGGACAGUCAACUGCAGUUGGAGGAGGCUGAGUUGACCCACGCCGUACACUUCCUCAGCGAGGCCGGAGUCCUUCUGCAUUUUGAUGACCCUGCGCUUCAGCUCAGAGAUCUCUACUUUAUUGAUCCCCAGUGGCUGUGCAACAUCAUCUCACAGAAGCUGACUCUGAAGAGCUCAGGGUUUUGGGAGCCCCCCAAUGGAGUAGUCCAGCGCUCAGUGGUGGAGCGACAUCUGUUUGACAGCAAGUGUUUCCCGAGGAGCCACCUGACCCAGUAUUUUAAACUGCUGGAGAAGUUCCAGAUUGCUUUGCCCUUUGGAGAGGACCAGCUUCUAGUCCCUAGCAGUCUGUCUGAACACCGCCCUGUGAUCGAGUUGCCCCACUGUGAGAAUUCUGAGGUGAUCGUGCGUCUGUAUGAGAUGCCCUACUUCCCCAUGGGCUACUGGUCCCGACAGAUCAACCGCCUGCUGGAAGUCUCCUCCUUCAUGCUCCAUGGCAGAGGUACCAGAGAGAAAGUGCCACGUCCCAACCGUAUCUACUGGAGGAGAGGCAUCUACCUGAGCUGGUCUCCCGAGGCCUACUGCCUGGUGGAGGCUGCCAAUGUAGGAGACAACCCUGCCAGUUUCGUCAAGAUCACUGUGCCAUGCUCCUGCAAAGGUCGUGUGUUGCUGGGUCAGGUGGUGGACCAUGUUGAUUCUCUCCUGGAGGAGUGGUUUCCAGGUCUCCUCAGCACGGAUAUCCAUGGCAACGGGGAGGCCCUCCUGAAGAAGUGGGCGCUAUACAGCUUUGGGGACGGACAGGAGUGGAGCCAGAUACUGCUGGAGGACCUGUUCACUCGCAUAGAUGAAGACUGUUUGUUGGUUAACCCAGAGGACCCUCACUGCACAGUGCCCAUCUCUCAGAUCUCCCCGGACCUCAUCCUCAGUGACCAGCCAGCUGGGAUCAUUCUAGACUGUAAGGAGUUGGAGAUGGAAUGUACCAAAGACAACCUACUGGGAGAUGGUGGUUUUGGGUCUGUCUAUCGAGGCAUCUACAAAAAGGAAGACGUGGCCGUGAAGAUAUUCAACAAGCACGCCUCUGAGCUGUAUAUCCACCGACUACUCCGACAGGAGCUGGUGGUGUUGGGUCGUCUCCACCACCCCAGCCUGGUGGGUCUGCUGGCGGCCGGGACCAGUCCUCAUCUCCUGGUGAUGGAGCUCGCCCCGCGGGGUUCCUUGGACUCUUUGUUUGAGCACGAGAAAGGCAGCCUCAACCGGAAGCUCCAGCACCGCAUUGCCCUGCAGGUCUCUGACGGGCUCAGGUAUCUCCACUCAUCCAUGAUCAUCUACCGGGACCUGAAGCCUCACAACGUGCUGCUGUUCAACCUGAAGGCUGACUCGGAGAUCAUCGCUAAGAUCACUGACUAUGGCAUCUCUCAGUACUGCUGCAGCAUGGGAGUCAGGAGCUCCGAGGGGACCCCAGGUUUCCGAGCGCCGGAGGUUGCCCGUGGCAACGUGAUCUACAACCAGCAGGCGGACGUGUUCUCGUUCGGCCUGCUGCUUUAUGACCUGAUGACCUGUGGCGAGCGCAUCUCGGACGGCAUGAAGUUUCCCAGCGAGUUUGACGAGGUCGCGGUUCAGGGCAAGCUGCCAGACCCGGUGAAUCACUAUGGCUGUUCUGCCUGGCCGGGCUUCCAGGGCCUCAUGAAGGACUGCAUGAUGGAGAGGCCCCAGGACAGACCCACCUCCACCCAGAUGUUUGACAGGCUGAACUCUGGGGAGAUGCUGUGUCUGAUUAAGGAGGUGGUGGUCAGCCGGGCUCCCAAUGCCCAGUGCUUCACGGUUGGCUGCAGCGGUCCCGGCUCCACCCCCAGGGCCUGGGUGGGAGGGGGCAGCAGCACUCAGAGACUGGGCUGUGUUGCGUCAGUCGACUUGGACACGGAGAUGGUCACAACACAGCAGGUUGACACGAGUCCUGUCUUAUGCCUGGUGACUGUCCAGUUCCCGGACGCGGUGUGUGAUUGGCUGGUGGCUGGGACCCAGUCGGGGGCUCUGGUAGUCAUCAGUACAGAGGACCCGUCCACCUGGCACCACCUGCAGAAUGUCACCGAUGCCGUGACGUCACUGUUCUUCCACACACACUCUAAACGCAGUCAAAGAAAGAACUACCUGUUAGUUGGGACGGCGGAUGGUGUUCUGACGGUAUACGAGGACUCGGCUCUCCAGGUGAAGGGCGGCCAGCCAGUCAAGACUCUGGCCAUUGGGAACGUUAACACACCAUUGAUGUGUCUGGGCCAAUCAGGUCACUCCCUGGACAGGACCACUGUGUGGGCAGGCUGUGGGACCAGAAUCCUCUCCUUUACUGCCAACUACGAUGUCUGGAAGACCAUUGACACUAAUCCACAGCACCUCUGCCAACAGCAGGGGGCAGUGAGCAGCGAGGCAUGUGUGUCCCGUAUGGUGGUGGAAAAAUAUGUGUACCUCAGCAAGGCUGGAGGGCAGAGCGUGGAGGUGUGGGACAAGAAGAAUGACAGGAUGAUCGACUGCAUUGACUGUGUCCACCUUCUCAGACAGGGCCGGCGACCCAGGAAGGCUGGCUCAGAGUCGGACUUUGGAGUGGAGACUCCGACCCGGGCCAGCGUCAAGUCUCUCCACCUGCAGCCUGCCACCGGCACGCUGUGGAUCGGCACCCGUGGAGGCCUCCUGCUCCUGGUGGAGCUGUCCAACCGCCAGCUGCUGCAGGUCUUCAGCCCACGCUGCCAGUCCGUACGGAGCAUAGUCUCUGUAUUUAUAGAAACACUAAAUCGUAAAGAUGUGGUCCUGGUUUUGGGAAGAAGACUGUCCCAAGACAGAAAUCAAUGUGACGAGGAGUCUGUGCUGAUGGUGUGGAACAGCUCUCUGCCUUUGGAGGUCAAGGACUUGAAGAAACACAGUGAGAUGAGAGGGGAGAUCACCGCCAAGAUGAGAGAGCAGGAAAAUGACUGACUGUUCGACAAACGGCCUCAGCUGAGUAGGGAGUCUGUUCUUUAUACUGCACCCCCGUCCGACAUUACCGGUCAUGUCAAUAAUCCAACCAUAAAUCCUGUACAACACUACCCAUACCCAUAGAAAAAACCGUGACGAGAAUUUGUAGUUACCAAUUACUGCUCUAUUAACUUUUUGUUUGUGCACAGAAUGCGAUUAGAAAAGGGAUUUCUUUGAAGACUCGUGGAGUGAUGUUUGUCUCUUUCACGGCUCUAGUAACAGAACAAAAUUAGAUUUUUUCAUUUCCUGUGCCCAUAGACAAACAACAUCUCUAUAAAUGAUGUUGUCUGACAGCCCAUUCCCAUUACACUUCUGGUCCGGUCAGAAGUCAUGACAUUGCAAAUACAGUUGACAAGAUCAGGUUGUUUAUUUGCACUGUUAUUCAUUUCUGUUGUCUCCUCUACAAUGCUGUACGUUAUAGUUCUGCAUGCUGUAUUUAGGUGCAUACUUUGACCAUCAUCCCAAGCUGUUGAAAGCACUGACUUGGGUUUCAUUAAAACACUCCUGUGAAUGUAAUUAUGAAAUUGUUUAUAUGACUAAAUAUGACUAAUUAUUUUGUUUAUAUGACUGAGGACUCAGUAAUUUUGUAUUUUUUUUAAAGACGCUUCGUGUUGUUUGUUUUGUGUCAUUUAUCUGCAAUAUAACCAUUAUAUGACCACAAAAGUAAAAGGACAAUUACACUUUUUUCUACUUGAUGUCAGAUGGUUCCUCUUCCUGAAGUUGUCUAUGGGCCAGGACAAAACUGAAUCAUGGAUUACACUUUCUAUUAUCAGUCACUGUAAACCUCCACAACCAGUAGAUAAAAACAUCUGUAGAAGUCAUCAAAGCAUGUGACCAUUAAAAUAAAUCUAAAACAUA